GAUUGUCUAUGCCCAUAUUAGGAGAGAUGUCUUCUGUCCACGGCAUGUUCCGGGAGUUAGAAGAGGAGGUCUACCUUCCUAAGGAUGAGUACGAGCGGGUUAUGAGACUGCACGCUGCCUACCCGAUACCAGCUGUAAAGUUCGGUCUCAUCAAACCAAUCUGUACGGAUGAGAUCGAGGUUAGAGAGGAGGUCAUCACACCCCUUCCUGACGAUUUCACCACGCCACCACGUGGUGCACGUGGUAAAGUAAAGGCCUCGAACCGUGCCACCGCGACACCGUCCCCUUGUUUGUGGGAUGUGGGCAAUGUGGUGGAACUAACACCGGACAUCAUCAAGAUCACCGUCAGUGUAUCCGAGCUCAGAGACAGGAUCAAGAAUAUUAGUGCUAACAACUGAGUCACAAAAAUCAUGGGACUUUUCUCUUGUCGUAUUACAUACCUUUCUGCAUGGUACAUUGAUACAAAAUAUACAAUAUUCCAGAUCAAAUAAUUUGUCAGAUUGUUUAUAAAAUGUCGGGACUGUCACAAACUAAGUUUUUAUAUCAGAUUAUUAAGUUAUAUUAUUAAGUUAUAUUAUUAAGUUAUUAUAAGACGGAUAACAGGUCUUGUCUAGAUUUGUAAAUUUGAAACUGUAAAUAUUUCUGUAAUUUAUUGUAAAGAUUAACUUAUCUUCUGUUAUACAACAAA